AUGAAUAGGAUUCACACUAGAAUACAGAAAUCAAUAGAUUAUAUUUUACAAGAACUCCAGUACGGCGCGCUGCUGGAGGGGUGCGGGGGAGAGUUGCCAUCGCUAAGCGCGUGCGCACCCCUCCCCCCGCACCUCGAUAAAGCAACGCGACGGCAACAGAAGGACGCACGGGCGCAGCAAGACAAAAUCGCACAAGUUAACAUUCAUUUGCAUGCUCUAUUUGCCGCGGUCGAACAUGGAUAUUUGGAUAAAGCAAGAAACAUAUUGGAGUCUACAGAUGUGGAUGUUAAUAGCCUCAACACAGAUGGUUUGUCACCCCUGGAUGUUGCAGUACUCUCCAACAAUCGACCUUUGGCAAAAAUGCUUAUGGAGUUUGGCGCUAAAGAAGGCACACAAUGUAAGUGACUUAUAAUUAUUAUUACUAAAGGCGCCGUUAUUUGGUAACGCAAUUGAAAGGUACCUCAAGCCUUAAACCAGAGCCGUCCAACCACCCUGUCUUGAGAAGGACAAGUUAAAGCGUGGUUGACCUAACUGGUAAAACCGGCUGCAGAAUACUCCCGAUGGGGAAUAGGAUCCAGAAAGUUACAAGGAGCCCGCCAGAUCAAUUACUUAAUCCGCAAAUAAUCAAUUACUAUAAAAAUUUGAAAUUAAACCAGAAUUUUAGGGGUAAUUCUUGAACAUUUUCUGUCAAGAUUUUUUUUUAUUCACAUUUUAGUUGUGUCGAAACACUAAAAAAUAUAAUGUAAUUUUAUAAAUAGAAUCAGUUGAAGGUUUGUGAUUUUAGUUUAGUUAUAUCGUACAUAG